AUGGCGUCGUCCGCUAUUCCGCUAGAGCGUCUCGGAGGCCAUGCGUUCAACCACAGGACCAGUGUAGAGUUGGAGGAAGAGUAUGAUCGUUUGAGAGAUCUGGCUCGGGCAGAGGCAGAGAAGAAGAAGUCAUGCUUUGAUCGGGCUCAUGAAGCAUAUGAGCGUGGGGAUGGCGCCGAGGCAAAGGCUUUGUCGAACGAGGGCAAACGCCAUCAAGCGAAGCAGGCCGAGUAUAACAAAAAGGCUGCCGAAUUCAUCUUCCGGGAGAACAACGCCAUGGGCCGGAUAGCUGAGGAUACCAUCGACUUGCAUGGUCUGUUUGUUGAAGAGGCAGAGGAUAUCCUCGAAGCCAGAAUCCGUGAUGCUCAGGCUCGCGGUCAGUCCCACUUGCACGUCAUUGUCGGGAAGGGCAAUCACUCAACUGGGGGGGUCCGAAAGAUUAAGCCGCGUGUUGAGCAGCUCUGCCGAGAACUCGGUCUCGACUAUGCCACAGAGGAAAACGAGGGGCGUAUCUAUGUUGAUCUUGGUGGCAACCGUGUCGAGGCUCCUCCCCCUCUGCCCCCACAGCCAGAUGGGCACCAGUCGCACAGCCGUCCCCAGAAGAGACCGCAUCGGCCCCGGCCAGAACGGCCCCAGCGUCCACAACGCCCUGAAGAGCCGGAGGACGAUGGCAUCUUCGGCUGUAUCAAGGGCUGUUGUACGGUUAUGUAG